CCCGAACCUUAAACCUCUCAUCAUACGAUCUUUCUCAGGAGCGUGGGUGGUUGCUGCGGUUGCUUGUGCAGAUUGCUGGGUGGAGGCGGAGGCGGAGGUGCUCCUCCUCCUCCUCCUCUCUUCUCCGCCUCCCCCUCUCUUCUCCUCCUCCUCUCUUCUCCGCCUUCCCCUCCUCUUCCACCUUCUCUUUACCUAAACUUCUACAGGAGACGAGGCUGAGACGACGCACCUACAAUCCCUACCUGGCGCCUCCAAUCGCCUUCGCCUCUUCCAGAUCGACCUCCUUGAUCCGGACUCCAUCCUCGCAGCCAUUCACGACGUCUCCGGGGUGUUCCACCUCGCCUCGCCUUGCAUCAUCACUCGCGUCUAGGAUCCCCAGAGGGAACUAAUAGAUCCAGCGGUGAUGGACACUCUCAACGUUCUCCACGUGGCCAAGGAGAGCGGAGUGCGCCGGGUGGUCGUCACAUCGUCGAUCUCUGCCAUCGUCCCCAGUCCUGGAUGGCCAAUGGAUCGGGUCAAGGAUGAGAGCUGCUGGACUGACCUUGAUUACUGUCGGCAGAAAGAGGUGAGAAUUUAAGAUCACAUCACAAGCCCUAAGAUGCCAACUACUUGGCCACAAUCAAGUAGUACACAAAUCCUAAAGCUUGAUUACGGUUGCAGCAGCCAUUCUAACAGAUCCUAAAACUUCUCAUCUCACUGAUCUUCUUCCCUGGUAACAAAUCCUCGCCCUUUUCUUUCUUUAGAUCUUCUACUCUUUUUUUUUAUUUUUUUCACUUUUUCUGUACUUGUUGUAUUUGUGUUUCGUAAUCAGCUCUGUUUUCUUAGUGGAUGAUUUCAUUUCUGAUUCAGUUAAAAAAAAAUUUAAAAAUCUUUGAUUUAACAGAAAAUAAUUUUUUACCAUUAGGUUUUGUGCUUUUCUAUCUGAAAUAAGGUGCCUAAACUGUCUAUUGUUUUGAGCAUUCCCUCUUUGGUUUCAUUUGUUAAGAAAAUAAAAACAAAGAAUGAUUUAGGGAGAAGGGAAGGAAUUCUGUGCCCAAAUGUUUCAUUGUUUAUUUUGUGACAUGGAAAAGAGAUUAAAAUGAAUUAGAAGCAAUAAAUUCCUUGCGCUUUGGAUUAUUUCUUCCUUCCAGUUUUGCAAUUUAUGUAAUGAGUAGCACUCAAUGUCUCAAUCUCUCAGUUCCACAAGCUAAAUUCAAAUAUAAUAAUAAUCUCUAACCUUCUGUUGAAUUAUUCUAGAGAUAAAAGUCAUAUUAGAUGUAUUAACCUUUCUAACUAGUCCUCAGUUUUUUGUGUAGAAUUUUUAGGUGCGGAACUUGUAUUUCUUACAGAAAUUCUCAUCUCAUCAACAUUCUCAAUGCUGAAAUCCUCUCUUCACUCCCUUUUCUUCACUGCUCUUAUUUUCCUUUUUGUUGCUCGCAUCUCUUAUUCGAUAUCAUUCGAGACCACUGUGCUUCUUGAAAUAAAAAAUCAGUUGGAAGAUCCUCUGGGUGUUCUUGAGAGCUGGAAUUCCUCCCAAUCUCCCUGCGAGUUUGCUGGUGUACACUGUGACAUUGAUUGUGGCCAAGUAGUUGGCAUCUCCCUCCGAAACAUCUCUUACACUCAUUUCUCAAUAGAUUUUAGGUAUGAGAAUCACAUUAGAAAGACUAUAAUGACUACUUCAUAUAGGUUGGACUAGGUAACAUAGUACACACACACACAAGACCAAAAUUUUGAGCUACCUAGUCAUUUUUGUGGAUCUAAUGUUGGUUCUUUUCACCUACUUCUAACAAAUGUCCCAAGUUAUCAAUUUGUUACCCUUCCUGCUUUCAGGAAAUAAAAAGGCAAUUAGUUAACUUUCCACUAGCUUAAUCUGUUAUCUAAAAUGCUUAUUUACAAAUUACAUAAUUCCUCACCAUAAAAUGCUGUCGAACCAAUAUUUAAUGUUGUCAUAAACAGAUUCACCAUACUUAUUCUGGGAAUUGCCACCACCCAUUUCUUUGUUCUUCUAAGCUCUCAGCUUUUACUGCUAGUCUUUAUUUUUGGCAACAGUUUGAAGAUGGUCUUUGAAUCUAUUAUUUUCUUAUUCGCAAUGCACCCUUUUGAUGUCGAGGACCGCUGUGAAAUAGAUGGAGUUCAGAUGUUUGUGGAGGAGAUGAAUAUCUUGACUACAAUUUUCUUGAGGUUUGACAACCUUAAGGUUACAUAUCUGAACACCGUUCUGGCUACCUUGCCGCUAGGCAACUUUUACCGGAGUCCAGAUAUGGGUGAAUCUAUCGACUUUUGUAUUCAUGUCACAACUCCUGUGGAAAAGAUUGUUAUCAUGAGAGAACGAAUACUGGGGUAUUUGGAGAACAAGAAGGAGCACUGGUAUCCCUCCACAAAUUUGGCAAACUAUUCAGCUAUGGUACUUAGUUUCACUGCAAAGAUAUACCAAAUCGCUGUCAACAUUUCAAUGAGCUUCCCUGGUGGAAAAGUCAAGGUUGAAGCCUCAAGAACGAAUGAGUGUCCUCAGUGAGGCUUUAAGGUUCAAUAAUUAUGAUCCGAACACACUCCUACAUGCAUGUGGCGUUAGCAUUGUCACUGCUUUUACUCAAGUAGGAGGCAUAGUAUUACAACCUCCCCAGCUCAGAGUUGGCAAUGGAGAGGACUUUAUUCCAUCAAGGGGGAGAUGGAAUUUUAACCAAAAGAAAAUUGAGAGACAAAAGGACCUUGAUAAUAUAAAGGAGUGCAUUCAAAAGUCCAUAGGGGAAGGUUCUUCUGCUGUACCUUCGCGAAGGAGAUAUGUAGAUCUCAAACCUUCUUCCAAUCACACAUCCAUCGAGCUGACAGGGAUAGAUCGGCCUGGCCUCCUCUCUGAAGUUAGUGUUGUUCUUACUGAUCUUAACUGCAAUGUGGUGAGUGCUGAGGUCUGGACACAAAACACUCGAGCUGCAGCAGUUAUGCAGGUGAACGACGAGAUGAAUUCAGCUAUAACUGAUCCUCAAAGACUCUCUAGAAUCAAACAACUACUUUUCAAUUGGUUUUGGCAAGGAUUAUUUUGUGGUCACAAUACAGUGUAAGGAUAGGCCGAAGCUUCUUUUUGAUACAGUUUGCACUUUAAAAGAUAUGCAAUAUGUGGUUUUCCAUGGAAGUUUAUUUGUAAUGGGAUAAAUUUUAUUUG